UCGGAAGCCUUUCCAACUCGGGAAGACCUUGCGGAUGAAGUACGAGGUUUGGAUGAAUCUAUCACGAUGCAGGGUUGUUGAAGGAGAGGUUCGAGCGUUGGAGUUGAGAGCAUAUAAGCUGGAUGAAAGUCAUCGAAAUAACGAAAUCAGAUCAACUCAGCUCAGCAACUUUGCAUUCAUUCGUUUCUAAAUAACUUCUUUCGUUUAAAACUUGACCUCAUUCAUUAUGCUCUCCAAGUCUGUUCUCAUCGCCCUCGUGCCCUUUGCAGUGGCUGGUCCCAUUGCUCCUCGACAGGGCCUUGGUUCUGGCCUCGGUUCUGGCCUUGGCUCUGGUAUUCCCAGCUUUGGAGGUUCCAAGGGCAGUCUUCCUGGACUUCCCAGCUCUGGUGGCGACUCUACUGGCGGACUUCCAAGCAUCCCAGGUCUUCCUAGCUCUGGAGGUUCAUCUGGAGGUCUUCCUAGCAUUCCAGGUCUGCCCAGCUCUGGAGGCUCAACCGGCGGUCUCCCAACUCUCCCUAUCGGAGGUGGUGGCUCAAGCUUCCUCCCAGGAGGCUCUACCGGUGGAGAGACAUCAGGAGACACUUCUGGAGAUACCUCCGGCAGUGCUUCAACCAGCGCUCCCGCUUCUCAGCCCACAGGCUCAAGCGAGACUCCCCGCGCUGAGGGCAGCUCAUCCACCUCUCCCUUCGGCAGCUUCCUUGGAUCUGCCGGUGGCAGCAGCGGUGGCUUCGGUGGUUCCACUCAGAACGGCCUCAGCGGCGACUGCAAGGACGUAACUGUCAUCUUCGCCCGCGGCACCACUGAGAUGGGCAACGUCGGCACUGCUGCCGGACCUCCUUUCUUCCAGGCUCUUGCUCAGCAGCUCGGAAGCGACAAGCUCGCUGUCCAGGGUGUUGAGUAUGCCGCCAGCGUUGGUGGUAUUAUGCAAAUGGGUGACCAGGCCGGUUCUCAGAAGAUGGCGAGCCUUGUUAAGCAGGCUUACGAGAAGUGCCCCAAGACCAAGGUCGUCAUGUCUGGAUACUCACAGGGUGCUAUGCUGGUUCACAACGCAGCCAAAUCUCUCCCCGCCGACACCACUAGCAAGAUUGCCGCCGUUGUCAACUUUGGCGAUCCUUGUAAGUCACUUCCAGCGCUCAGCAUUUCUUCAGAAACUAACAACUUUGCAGUCCAGCGACAGGCUAUCCAGGGUGUUCCUGCUGACCGCGUCAAGAUCAUCUGCCACGCUGGUGAUGGUGUCUGUGCCGGUACUGCUGCUAUCACCCCUGACCACUUGACGUACAGCCAGGAUGCCAACGCUGCUGCCCAGUUUGUCGUUAGCAAGGUCAAAUAAAUGACACGCUGACCGAACCAAACCAAGAGAUGAGUGGAAUGACAUAAUGGAAAUAUAGCUGGAGCAGAGCUUCGGGCGUGGAUAGGUUUAACUUUCUCCUGUAUCUUUCAAAGUAGCUUGAAUAUGAGUAAAAUUGAUCAUUUUCCUCUGAAGACUUACAUUGU